AUGGCGCUGCCGGCGACGGCCACGGCGCAGUUCCACCUCAUGUACGCCGUGAACAACUUCAAGCUGCAGCGCUACGACGGCGACUCCGAGUUGGUGGUUGGCCGGACGGAUCACCACGACGACGCGGAAGGCGCCAAGCUGGUGCGCAAGUACACGCAGGAGGGAGCCCGCGUUCGGGGAGUUGCCUCCCGGGACGACGUGGCGAGCUUCCCGUCGACCAUGGCCUUCCGGUACGCCGCGUGGACGUCCCGGGCACAGGUCAUCGCCCAGUGGGACUUCGAGGCGUACCAUCACCCCGAGCGGCUCUCCAUGCAGGUCCGGGCCAUGGCGUCCUCCCGGAGGCCUGGCAGCCUGCUCCUGGACGACGCCGCCCCGCAGCCCGGCGCUGCAG